AUGGCGAAAAACAAGAUUCAAAAGUAUCUAGAGAAACUGUACUACGAUCCAAAACAACCGGGAAGUUUCACUGCGCCCGAAAGUUUUUAUCGUGCUGUCAGAGAAAAAAGCGGAGACAAAAUAUCGAGGAAACAAGUGUAUGAUUGGCUUGCUUCCCAGGAAACGUACACCUUGCACCGAAGAACGCGUAAAAAAUUCAAAAGGAAUCGAAUCAUUGUGGGGCGAGUCGAUGAACAGUGGCAAGCUGACCUUAUUGAUAUUCAGAAAAUCAAAAAAUAUAAUGGUGGGAACAGAUACAUAUUAGUUGCCAUUGAUGUCCUAUCGAAAUUUGCAUGGAGGGAACCUCUGAAGGCGAAGACAGGCGAAUGUAUUGUUCAAGGAUUUGAAAAGAUAUUCAAGAAGGGAAGGAAGCCAGAAAAACUACAGACAGACCAUGGAAAAGAAUUCUUAAAUAAACGCUUUCAGAACUUUUUAGCAAAAAAUGACAUUCACUUUUUUACUACUGCUAGCGAUACCAAGGCGGCAAUCGCAGAGAGAACGAUUCAAACUAUGAAAGCAAAAUUGUACAAGUAUUUUACCCAUAAGAAUACUUUAAAGUACACUGAUGUCUUGCAGCAAUUGUUUGAUAGUUAUAACGACAGUUAUCACACCUCUAUUAAAACCAAACCCAGUAUGGUAACUCAAGAAAACGAAGAACACAUUUGGCACAUUCUCUAUGAUAAGGAUCUUAUUGAUGGUCCAAUUAAGUUUGAGUUUCAUGUCGGUGAUAAAGUUCGGCUUUCUAAACUGAAAGGAACCUUUGAAAAAGGCYUGUUUCGAAAAGCUUUACCUUUCUUAGCAAGCGCAUCCAAACAGGCUGGAAAGGUUGCGCUAAAAACUGGUGCCAAUGUCCUAGCGGAUGCAGCUGCGGGUCAGCGMUUUCAAGACUCUCUCCGAAAUCGAUUGAAAGAAUCGGGAAUGGAAUUAAAACGUGACGUCACAACACAAGUCAAAAAUGCAAUGAAUGGCCAAACUGGUUCAGGCAAGAAGCGGAAGCGAGGUCAACAGGAAAGGAGUGGAGUACCACAGAAAAAGCGGAAACAAACGAAAGCCAAGCCAAAACGCAUAAAACGCAAGACCAAGUCAAAGAGUCUCACAACUUCGAAAGCUACUAAGCCGAGAACAUUUCAAGAUAUUUUUGGAUAA